AUUCUAGUGGAUAAGUUAAGGAAGUGGGUCCUGAAAUGGACCUCUCCUUUUAAGUUACCUGAGCCUCUCAAUAGGUACUAUCUUGUUCUCAGCCCGGGAGAGCGGGAGGGGCAUGCUGCCUUGUCCCACCUUCUGUUUCUGUUUCUUUUGAUGCAAAGAGGCCAAGUUAUGAGGCAACUUUGGUCCAGGAGAUCCUCUUAGAGAAAGCAACGUAGGGCCUGCCUGCCUUUCUUUUUCUUGCCCCAUCCUUGGUUGUGGAGCCAGGAUGCAGUUAUCUGCAUGAAAGGAAAUGGUCAGAGUGACAUCCCUUGGGCUUGUGUUGGGGCCUGUUGUUGAACACUAAGCCUUUCAAGAUGGUCCUCCUCAGUAUUCUUAGAAUUCUUUUUCUUUGUGAACUCGUGCUUUUCAUGGAACACAGGGCCCAAAUGGCAGAAGGAGGGCAGUCCUCUAUUGCCCUUCUGGCUGAGGCCCCUACUUUGCCCCUGAUUGAGGAGCUGCUAGAAGAAUCCCCUGGCGAACAGCCAAGGAAGUCCCGGCUCCUAGGGCAUUCACUGCGGUACAUGCUGGAGUUGUACCGGCGUUCAGCUGACUCGCAUGGGCACCCUAGAGAGAACCGCACCAUUGGGGCCACCAUGGUGAGGCUGGUGAAGCCCUUGACCAAUGUGGCAAGGCCUCACAGAGGUACCUGGCAUAUACAGAUCCUGGGCUUUCCUCUCAGACCAAACCGAGGACUAUACCAACUAGUUAGAGCCACUGUGGUUUACCGCCAUCAUCUCCAACUAACUCGCUUCAAUCUCUCCUGCCAUGUGGAGCCCUGGGUGCAGAAAAACCCAACCAACCACUUCCCUUCCUCAGAAGGAGAUUCCUCAAAACCUUCCCUGAUGUCUAACGCUUGGAAAGAGAUGGAUAUCACACAACUUGUUCAGCAAAGGUUCUGGAAUAACAAGGGACACAGGAUCCUACGACUCCGUUUUAUGUGUCAGCAGCAAAAAGAUAGUGGUGGUCUUGAGCUCUGGCAUGGCACUUCAUCCUUGGACACUGCCUUCUUGUUACUCUAUUUCAAUGAUACUCAUAAAAGCAUUCGGAAGGCUAAAUUUCUUCCCAGGGGCAUGGAGGAGUUCAUGGAAAGGGAAUCUCUUCUUCUCCGGAGAACCCGACAAGCAGAUGGUAUCUCAGCUGAGGUUACUGCCUCUUCCUCAAAACAUAGUGGGCCUGAAAAUAACCAGUGUUCCCUCCACCCUUUCCAAAUCAGCUUCCGCCAGCUGGGUUGGGAUCAUUGGAUCAUUGCUCCCCCUUUCUACACCCCAAACUACUGUAAAGGAACUUGUCUCCGAGUACUACGCGAUGGUCUCAAUUCCCCCAAUCACGCCAUUAUUCAGAACCUUAUCAAUCAGUUGGUGGACCAGAGUGUCCCCCGGCCCUCCUGUGUCCCGUAUAAGUAUGUUCCAAUUAGCGUCCUUAUGAUUGAGGCAAAUGGGAGUAUUUUGUACAAGGAGUAUGAGGGUAUGAUUGCUGAGUCUUGUACAUGCAGAUGACAGCAACAAUACAGCUAGAUCAGGUUUCCCAGGAAACUGGAGGAGAGUUUAAAAUAUCAGUGUUAAAGCUGCAAGUAAUCCUGUACCAAUCUGUAGGUUAUAUUUCUUGCCUUAAGUGUUACUUAAGUCUCUUCCCCCACUUGUGAGCUAGUCAGUUUAUAGAAACAGUUCUGAUACCAGUCCCCUAGCAUGAAUCAGUACAGUUUGACCACUAAUCAGAGCCCUUAAUGCUUGGGUAAAAUGUCCUCUAUUUUACUUUCCUUGGGGCUUUGUCAAAAGUCAGCAGUCAGUAGUGGUAGAACUUCAGAAAUUUUCCAACUUUUCCCAGCCUGGGAAAGGUGGGUGUCCAUAUUUUCCUAGUGUCCAUAUUCUGACGCUCUAGAAGAUUUGGGGUGGUGAAAAUAGCUUGGGAUUUUAUACUCCUCUUCUUGCCUCCUAUGUCCUGGAAACUACUAGUAGCUAAUCAGAUAAAUUGCCUGCUUCUGUGUUAGUAUUACCUUCUAAAACUUUUCUCAGAAUGGAAAUUUUUCAGGUAACAGUCUUUAUAGAAAUCUUUUGAGGGACUAGAAGGAAGGAAAUCUUUUUCUAAACCAGCAGGGCUUUUCCUCUUAGCCUCUGAAUCUGGGAAAAGUAUCUGGGAUUAUUUCCUGUCCUAGGUGAGUACAGUAGCAUUUAAUGAAGCCCAUAAGGAAACUAGAGUAUGGAGCUGUCUGAGAUAAUCUACUUCAAGCCUGCAUUUAUGGUGAAGAAGAGAAAACCUGUCAUUGCUGAUUAGUAUUAUGAAUGGGGGAGUUAUUUUAAGUAUUCUGUGGAACAAUAGAGUUCAGAGUAUUUUCCUUAUGUGACACUUAAACCCCUGUAAAUUAUCCUACAAAGUUCCUUGGUGGCUCCGAGGCUAGGAGUUGGCCUGACUGGGGGUGCAGGGGAUUAGAGGGCUGUGAAUGAAGGACUACAGGAUAAGGGUGAAACCUGCCAAGGCCUGGAGCUGACUUUAUUCUGGGCUUGCCUGUUUCUUGUGUUCAGUUUGGAUCUGGACCGGGGUCUCUAAGGGAGAAGGGCUUGUUGUCUUUGGGAGACAUGGAACGAUGCCUUGAAAUAAACGAUGCUUGCAGUGUG